AUGGUGUACCAGCUGCUCCGACAAGGGAGGCUGUACUUCAACGGUGGUGGAUGGAGUAUGACUGAUGAAGCCACCACCAGCUACCACGCCAUAAUCGACCACUUCACUUACAGUCUGAGAAAAAUCAACGCAACAUUCUUGGAAUGUGGACGUCCACUGGUGACGUGGCAAGCAGACGUGUUUGGUCAUACGAGGGAAUUCGCCUCACUGAUGGCACAGAUGGGAUUCGAUGCCCACUUUAUCAGCCCCAUCAGUUAUGACGAUGAGCUAGCGAGGAUGAGGAGCAAGUCUUUGGAAUUCGUGUGGAGAGGCAGUGAUGAUUUGGGACCCUCCACGGACAUUUACACCCACAAACUGUUUGACGGCUUCUGGGCUCCUCCAGGGUUCUGCUUCGGCCAAUUCUGCCACGACCCUCUCAUCAUCACAUCAGACAAGACGUUCGCGAACGUUGAAGAGAGGAACGCACGAACCUUCUCUAAGGUUCGAGUUAUGAGAGAAAUGAAAGGUCCGAAUGCUGAGACGAUACUGCCUUUAAUUAUGUUAAGACAAAAUAUUAAAUACAUGAUUACAGAGAUAUAA